GUUUUACAAAAUUGCCGGUCAUUAUGCAAAAAGACCAAAUUCGUGGUCACAUUGCAAAAUGACCUAAAUUUCUCAACAUUUUGCAAAACGACCAAGAUUUUGGUCAGUUUACAAAAUAAACAGUAUUUUUGUUGGUCCGUUUACAAAAUCUCCAUACAGUAAGCAGCCAGAUGGAAAAAAAAGCGAGGGAAUGAUAAAACGUUACAGUUGCAGUACAUAACCAAUGAGUAUGCUUAACUGUCCUUAUUUUAGGUUCAGCUAAUCAUCUCACACACACACACACACACACACACACAAAGUUCGAACCACUUCUUUUUGAACACACACACACACACACCUCUCUCUCCACAAUAGUAAUGGGAGCUGACUGUUGAUACUGUGGUCAGUCAGGCACUGCUGAAAGCCAGGAGAAGACGACCAACGUAGUGUUACUCCCAGUACUUUGUGUGUAUUUUAUUAUACUCUGGAAAUCUGUACAAUGGAAAAUAGAAAAACUGAUUUUUAUUCAAAGCUGAUAGCGGCUGAGGAGAAGAAGGCAUCAAAUACUUCGAGUUUGUUGUACAGAAAUGAAUGCGAACAAAUUAUGAAUCGCUUGGAUGAACUUAAACGUGUUAACAUUAAAAAGACUCAGAAAGACUAUCGUUUGUUACGAAAGUAUGAAAUCCUUGAAGUCACAGUUGAAGGUAUCACCGUUAAGAAAUUGCAGAAAAAGGGAACUAAUCUUAGAUUCGUAUGCGCUGAAGAUGUGUUCGAUGUGAUCGAUGCUAUUCAUCGUGCACGUGGGCAUGGAGGUAGAACUAUUGUCUUUAGGGAAACAAGUGAAAAAUAUGCCAAUGUUUCAAGAUCCCAAAUUGAGUUGUAUUUACAGUUCUGUGAGGAGUGUCAUCUGAAAAAAAGCACUGUACGCAAGUCUGUGACUGUGAAGCCAAUUGUAUCCAACAGUAUGAACUCACGAGCUCAGGUCGACUUGAUCGAUAUGCAGAGCCAGCCAGAUGGAAAACAUCGUUUCAUUCUGAACUACCAGGAUCACUUGACGAAGAUGGUGUGUCUUCGGGCUCUACAGACGAAAACUGCUGAAGAGGUUGCUUUCCACCUCGUUGAUAUAUUCUGUGACAAAGGAGCCCCCCAUAUCCUGCAGUCUGACAAUGGAAGAGAAUUCUCAAAUAAGCUUGUCAAGGAAGUUCUGAUGAUGUGGCCAGAGUGCAAGAUGGUUCAUGGCAAACCACGACAUUCCCAAUCGCAGGGCUCGGUGGAACGUGCCAACAGGGAUAUUGAAGCCAUUCUCGCAUGUUGGAUGAAGGACAACAAUUCUACACAAUGGUCACAGGGACUGCGCUUUGUCCAGUGGAAGAAAAAUACCCGCUUUCACUCCGGAAUUGGAAGGACACCAUAUGAGGCCAUGUAUGGACAGAAGGCUCGUCUUGGUGUUGACGCAAAUUCUGUACCAGAGGAAGUCCUGGACGGUAUGCAGACGGAGGAGCAGCUUGCAGAGGCACUAGGUGUUGUCAAUGAGGUCACAGACACAGAGGAGGAAGAGACAGGUGUUGAAAAGCAAGAAGAAGCAUCUGCUGUCAUUAACUGCAUCUCCUGUGGCAAAAGAUAUUUUGGUUUAAAUGUGUGCAAUGUGUGUGAGAACCCAUGUCACUCUAAUACUCCGUGUUCUAUGAGGAAUAACGAUGCUGAUGAGUCUGUGCUUUGUUCCAUCUGCAGUCGGAGUCAGAGUAUUCAUACUGAACAAAUGAAGUCCAACAUAGAACAACAGAAACAAGCCCAAAAAAUGAUCGAUAAUUCUGUGAAGAGAUUUCAACCAGCCAAGGUAGGGGAAACUGUGAUGGUUCCUGUUCCAUUAGUUGACCGCGGACGUGCAGAGUUUCCUAAUGUGAAGGCAGUUGUUUUUCAGGCAUUGGACAAUGGCACAUAUAAGCUUGGUACAAAACACGGCCUGCUUAAACAAGUGUACACUCGCAACCAAUUUACUCCAUCCAACUAUAAUCGGGGAAAUAUUUGCAGGGAAGUGUUUGUGAUGGGCGCUGGAACUCUGCGAAUCAUAGAUAUAAUUUUGAAACACUUCGGUGCACAACGCGACUUACCAGCUUAUAUUGUAGAUGCAGCACAAAGAUCGCAGAAAGACGCUCUGUGCGUCUCUACAUAG